GUGCAUCCAACAGACUAGUGAAAGUCCACGCAGUAAGAAGGCAGUCGACCACGCACCACAGUGAGCAGCGAUAAGACCCCCCUGGCCGUGACACUGGAGACGCCACUGCGCGGCGCCCUGACCCGUCAGCUGAGUGAGAGCUGUGAGGGGGCGCGCUGGGCUGUCGGGGCCGCAGCUCCGAGGUCGCCGUCAGUGGCGCGCGUGGGGCGGAGAGGGGUCGGUGCUGUGCCUGUUUAGUUUGGGUUCAGCACCUGUGGUGAGGAGCAAGUGAGGAGUGGAGAUACAACACGUGGCGUACUGUAGCAGUGCACUUGACUUUUGGUUUACACAAGUGAUAGAACUUCAUGGUGAAAAGUGGCUGACAAAAUAGUGUGUGACCUCUGCUGCUGCUUGUUUACCCUGGGCUGCUGCUGCUGACGGCUGCUGCUGCUGCUGCUGCUGCUGCUGCUGCUGCUGCUGACAGCUGAGCGGUCAGCGGCGGUGGGAGCGAUGCCGGACCGGCCGGAACAGGAGUGGAGCUGCUCCCCUCUCUCUACGCCCCUCCCCCGGUGGGUGACGCGACAAAACAAAAGGCACGACAACGACAAAGCGGAAAGGCAAGGAAAAACGACCAAACGAGACACGGAAAAGCGGCCAGCAGCCCAUCUCGAGACGAGUUCUCAGUUGUCGGCAGGCCAACACUUGGCGAGGUCCCAGACGAGCGGCAGCUUCGUCAACAACCCGCAACUGGCGGCGCAGAUGAUGUUCGCGCAGGCCGCAGUGAAUGGUCUGUUCUCUUGGGCGGGCACUGCCGCUCAGCCCGCUCCAAACGGCGCAGGUCUGACACCCUGGGCUGGCAAUAGCCCGGGAGUUGGACAGAAUACCGGCUUGUUGGCGACUGUAAAGACCCUGGCUACAUCUGUCCCUGCCCCAGUUCGGCCGAUAGCAGUUCGCCCAGGCCCAGUGACCCCAGCGUGCUCGGCGGCGGCGACUGGGACAUCUGCUGACACGGAGAGGGCAGGCACCCACCGCUCCCACGCGCCCACCACCGUAUCAACGGCCACGUCGGGGACAGCAACUUCUUCAGCGGCGUCAGUGAGCGGCAUCUGUUCGUCGUGUAUAAGCACCCUGCAGCCGCCGAAACAGGGCGGGCCACCCCAGCCGCCCAGCCAGCUCAAGUUUACCAUAUCCGACACAUGUGACCGCAUCAAGGAAGAGUUCAACUUUCUGCAGACACAGUACCACGCGCUGAAGCUGGAAUGUGAAAAACUGGCCAAUGAGAAGACGGAAAUGCAGCGGCAUUAUGUCAUGUACUACGAGAUGUCUUAUGGCCUGAACGUCGAGAUGCACAAACAGACGGAGAUCUGCAAGCGGCUGAACGCCAUCCUGGCCCAGGUGAUCCCGUUCCUGUCCCAGGACCAUCAGCAGCAGGUGGCCUCGGCGGUGGAGCGGGCCAAGCAGGUCACCAUGGCCGAACUCAACCAGAUCAUCGGCCAACAGAUGCACGCGCAGCAGGCGCUGAACCCGCACGCGCCCUCGCUGCCAGUGCCGCCGCACGGCCUGCCGGGGAUGCCGGGCCUGCCGCCCACCAGCCUGGCCUCGGCGGGACUCCUGCAGUCAGCCGUGAGCAGCGCCUCGCUGCCCGGCUUCGCCACACACCCGCUGAUGAAGCCCGAGUUUGUGCGACAUGAGGCCGAGAUGGCCGCCAAGAGGAUGGCGGCGCUGGCACAGGAGGAGGAACGACAGUCUGGCAGCGCGGCUAGGCUGGCCGCCGUCACCGCCGGCUACCGUCCCGCACCAGUGCGGAGAUCCAUGUCCCCUGACGUCAGGGACCGAGAAAAGCCCGUCCGACCGCGGUCCCGUACCCCCGACGAGCGGGAUGCGGAGGUCAAACGGCGAAAGGAGAACAUCAAGCGUGAGCAUCACGAGUCCGACAACGAAAAGUCCGACCAAGAUCUGGUGGUAGACGUCGCCGGACCUGACGACACCUCGCCACGUCACAACGGUGAGCCUCGCCCCUCGGACCUGCGGAACGGUGCACCGGGCGGCGGCGGCGGCGGCGCGGCCGGUGCUGGAUCCUCCGACGACCGAAAGCCCCCUCCCGGAGGAGAGCGGCCUCCCAGUCAGAGCAGCAGCAGCCGCAGCACGCCCAGCCUCAGCCGCAAAGAGUCGCCCACCACGCCGGUGAGCAAGUCCCUGACGCCCACAUCGGCGCCCAACGGCAGCCUGAAGGCGGCGGCGGCCGGCGCCCCGGGCGUGGGCUACCCUCCGUACAUGGCGCCCGGACAGCGACCUGACCUGCCGGCCGGCGCGGCGCCUGGCUUUCCGCCCAUGGCACCCGGCUACCUGCGCGGACCACCGCAGGUCAAUUACGACGCCCACGGACCGGUACGCGCGCCUCCGAUCCCCUCCAAUGGCCACACCGGACCCGGAGGAAAGCCGUCGUACAGUUUCCACGUCGGAGCCGAUGGUCAACUGCAGCCCGUGACAUUCCCCCAGGACGCCCUGCUGGGCCCCGGCAUCCCGCGCCACGCGCGCCAGAUGAACACGCUCAGUCACGGAGAGGUGGUGUGCGCAGUCACCAUCUCCAACCCCACCAAGUUCGUCUACACGGGCGGCAAAGGCUGCGUCAAGGUCUGGGACAUCGGACAGCCCAACGCCAAGACGCCCGUUUCGCAGCUCGAGUGUCUGCAGAGGGACAACUACAUCCGCUCGGUGAAGCUCCUACCUGAUGGACGUACUCUGAUUGUCGGUGGUGAGGCCAGCACUCUCAGUAUCUGGGAUCUAAACUCACCCACUCCCCGGAUCAAGGCCGAACUCAACUCCUCGGCUCCGGCGUGCUACGCGCUGGCCAUCUCUCCCGACUCGAAGGUGUGCUUCAGCUGCUGCAGCGACGGCAACAUCGCCGUCUGGGACCUGCACAACCAGCAGCUGGUGCGCCAGUUCCAGGGGCACACGGACGGCGCCUCGUGCAUUGACAUUUCGUCCGACGGCAACAAGCUGUGGACGGGCGGUCUGGACAACACGGUGCGCUCGUGGGACCUGCGCGAAGGUCGCCAGCUGCAGCAGCACGACUUCAGCUCUCAGAUCUUCUCGCUGGGCUUCUGUCCGACCGGCGAGUGGCUGGCCGUCGGCAUGGAGAGCUCCAACGUCGAGGUGCUGCACGUCAACAAGCCCGACAAGUACCAGCUGCACCUGCACGAGAGCUGCGUGCUCUCGCUCAAGUUCGCCCAGUGCGGCAAGUGGUUCGUCUCCACCGGCAAGGACAACCUGCUCAACGCCUGGAGGACGCCGUAUGGCACUUCUAUUUUCCAGUCGAAGGAGUCGUCGUCGGUGUUGAGCUGCGACAUUUCCGCCGACGAUAAGUUCAUCGUCACCGGCUCUGGAGACAAGAAGGCCACCGUCUACGAAGUGAUCUUUUAAAACUGCGUGCGGCGAACGACGGACAAUGUGUGAUGACGUCACAAAAGCCGACGCUGGCUCGUUGAUACUCUGACGUCAUAUGACCGAUAUUGUGACGUUGUGACCGGCAGUGAAGUGACGUGGGCUCUGGUGGGUGAUUGUGUGCGAGGAAGUGCCAGCACAACGGUUUUGAUGUUUGGAGCACUUGACGUACUGUUUGAGCACUGUGUUAUCGACAACUUUAUGGCUCGGAGAGUUUUCCGCGGAUGCGAAGUUGCGAUUGGUUUUUGACACUCCGUGCUGGAGGUCUCUGGAGGAGUGUUCCAGAGUGUUGAGUGUCCCGGAGUGUCCGGCUGGUCGCUGAGUGCCGUUUGUGUGUCACUUGUGCUCGGACCAUAUUGGUUCGACAUCUCUCAGUUGAUUUUUUGGUCUGACUGCGGCCGGCACACACGACCACGGAACCAGGCGAGACUCCAGGAGCGGGACGGUCUCUCGCAUCGUGCCAUGGUCUGGGUAUUACGUUUUAUCGGUUACUGGACGGGCGGUGUUUGGUGUGGUGGCGUGUCAGAGGCUGUAUGCACAGAGAACCCAGAGCCGUCGGACCGGGGUGCGACCUGUUGUCGAAGCGACCCGGUUAGGUCGAACCUGACGCCCUGUUUCCCAUUCAGUGCUAGUACAAACUAUGUCGACGUGAGCGAAUGCUGUGAGAAUGUGAGAGCGUCUGCCCGGACGGGUGACGGUGAGAAUGGGAGUGUGUUUGGGGGUGUAAGCGCCGGUGUAAAGUAUAUGUACAGAGGUCUGGGCGGCGCUAUUUGGGGGCGUAUCACAGCGCACGGGACUGCUGGAUCUCCUGACGGCAGUUGACAUAGGCAGGCGCGCUGGUUUCCGAGCGAAUGUAAAUAAACCGUGAACAUAGUCA